AUGCAAAGUUAUAAAUAUUUAAACAAGAAAGCAGUUUUACCACAAAAUAUUUUUUGUCAAUAUGUAUCAACUUUAAAUAAAAACAUAAGUUAUGAAGAUAGAAAAAGAAAUAGUAACCUAACUGACCAAAUAUAUUUUACAUUAGUUAAUCUCUUUAGUAAGAAAAAAAAAAGUGAAUAUAUUUCUAUAUUUUUAAAAAAUAUAUUUUUUUCUUAUAUAUAUAACAAAUUAAAAAAAAAAAAUUUGUUCAAUACCACAAGGAGUAAAAACCAUAAAUAUUUAAAUUUUGUUGAUGAAAAUAAUAAACUAUUUGAAUUAUUACAAAACAUUUCAAAUAAAACCUGUACCUACAAUAUUUCCUUAAGUUUUAUUUAUAUAAAUAAUGUUAAAAAUAUAACGUCAUUCAAUAGUUAUUUCUUUUUAGUUAAUAACAUAACUAAGAAAACAAGAAAAUAUAGUACUUUAAAUUAUUCUUUAAAUUUCUUUAAAGAAAAUGUAAUAAAUCUAAAUCAUUCUUUUCAUAAAAGGAUAAUUGAAAAAUGCAAACAUUUAUAUCUCAUUCGAAAAGAAUUCCUAUCUUAUAAUGAAAAAGAAAAUCUAUUAAAGAAAAAUGAAAAAAAUAAGAACAAUCAAGAUAAAAAAGAUGAUAACAAGGACAAUAAAAAAAAAAAAGAUAGAGAUGAAGAAAAAAAUAACAAUGAAGAUGAAAAAAAUAAAAAUGAUAAAAUUGAUAAAAAAGUAAAAAAUGAUGAAAUUGAGGAAGAAAUUAAAAAUGAUAAAUAUAAAGAAAACAUUUAUUAUAAUGAAAAAGAAACAUCUAAAUUAAUUGCAAAUAGUAACUUUAAGAAUAAUUUUAAUGAUGAAUAUGAAAAAAUAAAAGUUAAAGAAUUAGAUAAAAUUCUUUUUAAUCUAGAAAAAUUAUAUAAGAAUAAAAAUAGCAAAAUAAAUAUAAAUAUUAAAAUAUUAGUAUAUAUAUUUAAAAAUUUUAUACAUAAAAAUAAGGAAUUAAAAAUAAAAAUAUUUUUUUCGUUUAUUUUCUUAAUAUGUUCGAAAAUAUCAAUAAUAUACACACCAAUUUUUUUAUCAUCAUUUAUUGAAAAUGUAAAUUUACAAAGAAACUUGGGUGAUUCAUUAAAUUUAUCUAAUAUAAGUGCAAACAACUCAAGUUUUAUUCUAUUAUCAGCUUAUGUACUUUCACGUGUUAUAUCAUCCAGUUUAAAUGAAUUAAGAAAUAGUGUUUUUAAUAAUAUAAGUCAAAGAAUUUCAACAUAUGUAAGUAAACUUUUUUUUUAUAAAAUUCAUAGCUUGGAUUUAAGUUAUAUUUUAUCAAAAAAAAAUGGGGAACUAUCAUUUAUAUUUAACAGAGGAUGCAAGAGUAUUACAAAUCUAUUAAAUGUUAUAGUUUUUCAAAUAAUUCCAAUAAUUAUAGAAUUUGUUUUGUAUUUAUAUAUAUUGACUUAUAAAAUACAUUAUAGUGUUUCCAUUGUUACAUGCUUGAAUAUGUUGCUAUAUAUUAUUUUUACAACUUUAGUAACUAAAAGGAGAACUAUUAUUAGAAAAAAUAUGAAUAAAGCCGAACAAAAUACGUUCAAUAUAUUUUUGGACUCUAUACAAAAUAUUGAACAAGUUAAAUAUUAUACAAAUGAAAUACAUGAACUAAAAAAAUUUUUGAAAGAGCAGAAAAAAUAUGAAAAAGAAGCUGUAAAUGUUCAAAAAUCUUUGUCUUUUUUAAAUUUUGGUCAACAAAUUAUAUUAAAUUUCAAUUUAUUUCUUUGCUUAUAUUUAACAUAUUUGAAUAUUUCAAAUGACGUUUUUCCUUUUAGUUACUUGGUGUUAGUCAACACACUGUUAUUUCAAUUAGCUAUACCACUAAACAUGUUUGGUACGAUAUACAGAGAAACAAAAUUGAGUUUGGUUGACAUAGAAUGUAUGAUUAAAAUUUUAGCAAAGAAAAUUAAAUCAGUAGACUAUGGUAGUAAAAUGGAUAUCCAAAAUGGUCUUAUCAAAUUUGAAAAUGUUUACUUUAGAUACCCGUUAUUAGAGAAUACCAAAGAAUCAGAAGAAAAAAAUGGUAAGACAAAAAAUAACAUAAUUAAAACAUUGUUUAAUAACACGAAAAUUUUUUUAAAAAAAUUUAAAGAAAAAUGCAUGCUAAAAAAUAAGAGCGAGAAUAAUAUAUAUAGUGAUGAUAUAAAAAAUAUGAGUAAUGAAAUAAAAAAUAAUUUGAACCAUGAAAUAAAAAAAAAUAUUGGAAUUAAUUUAAAAGAAAAUAAUUAUUUGUUUGAAAAUUUUACAUGUCGUAUUGAAGAUGGAGAAAAAGUAGCUGUAAUAGGAAAAAGCGGUUCAGGUAAAAGUAGCUUGAUUAAAUUAUUAUUAAAAUUUUAUGAAUUAAAUGGUGGAAAUAUAUACAUUGAUAAUAAAAACAUAGAUAAUAUAAAUUUAUACACACUAAGAAAAAGCAUAUGCGUUGUUCCACAAGAUACUAUUUUAUUUAAUAACACUAUUUCUUAUAAUAUUAAAUAUGGUAAUUUUCAUUGUUCCAACGAAGAAAUGAUUGAAGCAUCUAUUAAAUCAGAAUUGCAUGAUAAAAUUUUAAAAAUGGAAAAUAAAUAUGAUACAAUUGUUGGUGAAAGAGGUACCAAAUUAUCAAUUGGAGAAAAACAAAGAAUAUGUAUAGCCAGAUGUUUUUUAAAAAAUUCAAAAAUAAUUGUUUUAGAUGAACAUGCAAGCAAUUUAGAUAACGAAAAUAAAAAAUCUAUAGAAAAAGCCUUAAAUAAAUUAUGUAUGGGUAAAACAACUAUUAUUAUUACCCAUACAAUGGAAAAUCUUAAAAAUAUGAACAAAAUCAUAUUUUUUUGUGGAAAAAAUAUAUAUGUAGGUAGUCAUCAAGAACUAAUUGAUAACAAUUCAUUAUAUAAAGAGUAUUACAAUUCAAAAAACAAUAGAAUUUUAUGA